AUGGACGCCCAAGCCUACCUAAUCAAGCACGGCUGGUCCGGCCCCGGCAACCCACUGAACCCAAACAAACGACCGGGCGCACACAGCGGCCUAGGCCUCACCCGACCGCUACUGGUCUCGCGCAAAGCCAACAACCACGGCGUGGGCAAGAAGACAACAAAAGACCCGACGAACCAGUGGUGGCUGCGGGGGUUCGAAGAUGCGCUGAAGGGCGUGGGGAACGACAGCUUCGAGGCCAACUCUGCGCGGGAGAACAACGCGCUGACGAGGGGGGAUGGGCUGGCUGGUACGCUUGAGGGGAUGGACAAGAAUAAGAAGGAUGAGAGCGGGACAUCUACUUCUACCUCGAAGUCGAAGCGCAAGCGGGAAAACGAGGACGAUGGCGAUCGCAAGGCUAGGAAGCUGGCGAAGGCUGCGCGGAAGGUGGAGAAGGCGGAGAGGAAGGAAGUGAGGCGUGUGAAGAGGGCUGCGAAGGUUGAGAGGAAGGAGAAGAAGACUGCUGGGAAGCUUGCGAAGAAGGCUUUGAAGGAGAAGAAGGGGACUGCUUCUGAGGAGGAUUAUCCAACGCCUACGUCGAUUGAUCAGGAGUCCGAUCAGACUGGGGCGGAGACGACGGAGACGGAUGAGGCUGUUGCGCGUUUAGCGGAGAAGGCGGCGAAAAAGGAAAUGAAGGAAAGCAAGAAGGCUAAGAGCACAGGUGGUGAUGUGGGUGCUGAAGAUAAAGACUCGAAAAAGAAGUCUAAAAAGGAGAAGAAAGACAAGAAGGAGACCAAAGCCUGA